AUGUCUGAGCGCUGGGAAUUCACAGAGCUUGAUGAUAACGGCUUUAAAACAUGGGCAGAUAAGGAGAAAAUGAAGCUUAUCAAUGAAAAAUGGGGACUCAAUGGAAUUAAAGCUCGUACUUUCUCUUAUAAUGGUGAAUUACCAGUUCCAUUUAAUCCUGAAACAUUUUUCAAAUCAUUUUUGAAUACAAAGGGAAUAGGCUCAGAAGAAGUUAAAGAAGUUGAUGUUGAACCUCUUUCAGCAAUAUCAAUUGGCAAUAAAUUCUGGAAGAAGCUCUGGACACCACCAAACAACAUUUGCAGAAAUGCAACAGGCCACUACAUCAAUAAAUGUCCCGAUCAUCACGUUCAUGGAAUGUGGUUAUCAGAUUGCCUCCAAGUUGCACUUCUUGACGAAGAUUCCGAGGAAUACGAAGUCUUUACACCAGAAGAUCGCAGAGAAUUACUAUUCCAUGUUAUUAAACUCCUUGUUCUCGGUGGCGAGAUUUGCCAAUACGAAGAUGAGUGGGAUACUUACGAACCAGUCAUCACAUCACUUUACAGAGACUUAAUUGGCCAAAGUGUUGUCAAAAAUACUAGUGGCGCAAUUUCGAUUGUUGCCCGUCCUUAUUUGCUAAAGAAGACAAACGGAAAGUCUAUCCUUGGUAAUCCAGACCAUUCUGCAUGCAUAUUGGUCAUUGAUACCGUUGGAAAGAAAGUUCGUAUGCUUCAAUAUUUGGCAUAUCCAUAA